AUGCUGAGCCCGCUGCAGUCCUUGCGUGGUGCCUUGGACUGUCUUCUGCGCGUUCGUGGGGAGCAGAAGGCGUCUCAGUGCAGAUUGGACGUGACGUCCUUCGCUGCCGCCGACUUCUUUUACCCUUACCUCGACGAGGAGGAGCUGGAGUCUGAGAGCAGUGCAGGGCCCAACACAGCUUUGGCAAGAAAGCGAGCCGAGAAGAACUUGAAGGACGUUCUGACCCCGUCAGGUGGAAUGUCUUUUGCUGAAGCUCUGGACUGGUUCCAGAAACAUUCCGAGGUUGAUGUGCUGCAGAUGCAGGUGCACUUGGAAAUGGUGGAGGCUAUAUUUUUUGACCAUGCGCUGCGUUUGGAAGACGAAUGGUCGGCAGAUGACUUGCAGGGAAUGGAAGGCUUGUUGGAUGCAUAUCGCAGAGGCUGUGAGAAGCUGCGGGGUGCGGCUGCAUGGAAGGUGGAGUCGAGAAGCCGUGAGGUCAUGGUCCAUUGGAUCGCAUUCUGCCUGAUUUGGCGGGCUUCCGAGAUUGCUCAUCCGCUUGUGAGCGAGUACGGUGUGGGCCUGGACCCGCAAGACGUGAGAUGGUUGCUGCUAAGAACGGGACGUGAGAUAGAGGCACUCAAGGCUGUCGACAUCUUCCUCCGCCAGCGCCAGCAAAGCGACCGGAGUCUGUUCAACCUCUCCAGCCAGAUCGCGACGAUCCAGUUCGCUUCAAGCUUCAGUACUGCAGAUGCCGAACAUCAGCAGACUUACCGGGCUGAGCGCGAGGCCGAAGCAGCCCGCAUCGACAUGCAUUGGCAACAGGUUCAGCGUCAGCAGGAAGAGGCUGCGUCUCUGAGGAGGGAAAUUGCCGCUGUGGAGCCCGACUUGGAACAUCACGAGCAGGAGCUGCAGGCGGUUCAGCAAGCAACUGAGACUCUGAGGCAGUCGCAGCACAAUUUACAAAGAGCUGAGCAGAGUCUGACGGAUCUUGAACAUAAUAUUGUUCAAUUUCAAGAUAUUCCCAGACUUGUUCGUAUUUACGAAUCGGAAGCUCGUACUGCCGCCGCCAACGUCGCUCGAUACAGGGAGGAGAUUCACACGUGGGAGCAAGUCUUGCAGAAUCACUUGCCCCUUGCGGAGUUGCAGUCCAUAGUUCAAAGGCUGCAAUCGAAGCUGAAGCAAUUGCGGCAGUUUCUGAAGGAAGCGGAAACGCCGCCAGCAGCUGUGUUUCAGCCUCUACCAGAGCGGGAAGACAUGGCCUUCGCAAUAUUGUUCUUCCUUUACAUGCCCGAGUUGCUCCGUUCUCUGUCCCGCGCGACCAUCCUGGCACGGCAGUUGCUGCUUCCCUGGCCGUGGUGUUGCCAGAACAGGUGGGACGUCAGCGAGCACAUACAGGUCAAGGAUUUUAAGACAUGCUGGGCCAAGUACUACAACGAGAAGCAGAGCUGUGUUUACCAUACUCCUCCUGUGCUGCAGCAUGGCGAGCAUGGGCCGGUCAAGCUUUUGAGCUCGUUUCACGUGCCUGACGAUCGGCAGAUAAGUGGCACCCACAUCGACAACAUGACGUCUGCUCGACAUGGGGCUUUGAACUCAGCCUCGAGCAGCGAGAUGCUUUGCCAGUAG